CGCAUUGGCUAACCGUUCGACAUGAUCGCCGGCGUAUGGGCCGUUCGUCCUGCUGCAGCUAGCUGCGCUCGCCUUAGACCCAUUAGGCGCAUCUCGUACGGAAGGCUCUUGACGACGCUAUCUCGCUCACAAGAUGCCCCUGUCGAACAUCUCAGACGGUCCUACCUCUACGUCCCUACAUCGUCCCAGAAGAUGCUGAUGAAGUCGUUGACGUCUCAAACGGAUGUCAUCAUAUAUGAUCUCGAGGAUAGCGUCUCACCAUUCGAUAAGGACACGGCAAGGGAAAGGUUAGAAGGCUUCUUGACCGAUGGCAGCAUAGUAGCGAAGCUACCACAGUCCCAUCGAAUCGCCGUUCGACUGAACGCGUUAGAUACCCCGCAGUUUCAAUCAGAUAUCCGACAAGCGCUUGCAUUGCCGGCUAUUGGAACCCUGGUUAUGCCCAAGAUUCAUUCUGCUCGGGACUUAGACCACGUUUCUCGCGAGAUAUAUGCCGCCUCGAGACAUCAUCCAGUAUCUGCCGGGGUGGCGUCGCCCAUCAGGGUCGUUGCCAGUAUUGAAAGUGCAAAAGGCCUUUGGAGUGUUGGGGACAUAGCAUCGUGGACAUCAGAGUACGGACCUUCGCUGGGAGGAAAGCUCAGCGCGCUGCUUUUCGCCGCUGAAGAUUUUUGCGCCGACACCUCCAUUGUGCGCACGCGGUCCCGCUCCGAGCUGUUAUAUGCGCGAUCAAGGAUGGUAAUUGCGGCGAAAGCAUUUGGCCUGGAGGCUAUCGAUAUGGCGAGCGUAUGCGUGAAUUACAAGGACAAGGACUAUCUUCGAGAUGAAUGUGAGGAUGGACGGCGACUUGGGUUUACCGCCAAGCAAGCCAUACACCCGGAUCAGGUUGAGGUUAUCCAGACAACCUUUGUACCUACAGAAAAAGAGAUCCUCAGAGCGGCCAAGAUCGUGCAUGGUAUGGCUAAGGCCCAUGCCUCCCAAAUCGGCGCAAUAGGGCUAGAUGAUGGAAAAGGUGGAAAGGAGAUGAUUGACGCACCCAUGCUCAAGCAGGCAAAGAGGAUCGUACAGAUCGCCAGGGCCGCGGGUGUUAGAAUUCCAGAUGUCUCAUGACCGGGAGGAUCCCAGACCUGCGAUACGCUGCCGCAUUGUAUCUUACGUUGUGACAGGAAACGAGCGGAGUACCGUUCAGGCUCGAUUCAGAUUCUUGAAUGCGCGUUUCGACCGGACAUGAACGUUAUGGUCAGUGCCGCUUUCCAGAACACGACUUCCUCGCGCAGGCCCUCCAUGCAGGUCAAGACGUUUAUAGCAAUUAUACUAAUGGUUGAUGUACGUUAUGCAAGUUAAUACAGUGCUUCGGGACAAACGAAUGUGGGUGUCGCAGGUGCUAUGCCAAUCUGGCACUAUGAAACUAACAGUCCGGAACGAAGUACAUGCAUGUCCUUGAUGCUCAAGGUGCUGAAGAAGUUGACGAGAUCACAAGUACAAAGAAAACGGAGACCACGUUCGCAACAACAUACAUCUCGAUGAGGGUAUCCAAGCUGACACAGAGAGCAUCCCAGAAGAUGCAAUGUAGAAUCCAGAUUCAUGGAAUAGCCACCAGCCCGGCACCAAUAGCUACGCAAAGCAGCGCCGCAACCGCCGCACUCCGGAUGGUAAUCUCCCACUGCGCCCUUACGAUGACGGGCGAGAGCACGCGCGUGAGCGGCGCUUUAAACGCGGGCACAGACAGGAACAGCUCCUUGUGGUUCUUCUCGAUCUCCGCCGCAUCCUGCGGCUGCGAGUGCGGGCAGGAUGGACAGUGCGAGAUCGCACGAGACCACUGCGAGUCUGCUGUGCGAGGACGCGAGUCGGCAGUGCGGGGGCGCGAAUCCGCGGUGCGGGGGCGUGAGUCGGCGGUGCGAGGGCGCGAGUCGGCGGUGCGAGGGCGCGAGUCUGCAGUGCGGGGACGGGAGUCGGCGGUACCCGGACGACUUCGCGAGUCGAGAAGUCGAGGUCGUCCGGAGAGCUGGACGAGGCUCUCAGACAGCGGCAACGGGUGGUCUGAGGAAGUUGCGUCCUGAUAGAGCCCUUUCUUCCACAACAGCCCUCGACGCCACCAGGAGCGCGCAGUGCUAGGCGCGGUAGGCGGCGCUUGAGCCCCAAGCCCCUUUUCAGGAUCGGCGGUAUUCCUCUGCGCAUAGUUGCCGCUGCUGAGCGACGUGCCCUCCGUCCACGGAACAGAUGGUUUGAUGCUGCGCGGUUUCUCCUCGAUAACGUGUUCGCCGGGGGAGCAUCCACAUCUGUCGCCCACCAUCGACGACGAUGCGAAAGCCUCACACCGGCAGAGCACGUGUCUCGGGGGCAAUGCGUCGAAGUCAAAGGUCUCGUGCGACAAUGUCCUGGGGUUUCGCCCAACGAACUCGUAUUCGCUAUCAUCCUCGCUGCUAUAGUCCCAUGGUCGGAUGAAGCCAGCUGUACGCCAUUGCUGAGCGAUGGCGGCAGCAGGGGAUUGAGGGACGGAUGACUUCUUUCGGCUGCUUGAGGGAUCAUCGGACAAGUCGGCGUCAGCCUCGUGAGGGGGCACGAAGGAACUGGUGAAGGGUACGGGGACUGGGCUAUAUCUUCCCUCCUUGGGAACGGUGGUCCCGUUGCCAUCGGUGGUCAGUUGAGGACUACGGUCAUAGAACGGACCGGAAAUCUCGAUGUGCAUGGCGGGAUUGGUAUCGUAUUCCGAAGAUAUCGAAGGCGCGGAGGAGGAAACACUAACAGUCGAGCAAGCCGUGGAGGAGCGUGACAUGGAAGACAGACUACGCUUGUGCAGAGGUACGCCGGUGGAGGUCAAUGGGGUCAGGGGUGCAAGAGUUUCGGGAGACAACGGUGAAUGUGGAGGUGAUUGUAUGCGGACCCGCCGAGGUUGCUGGAGAUCUGUUUUCGCUGCAUCGGAAGCCGCGAGACUGGCAGUUUGACCUUCCGACAGGUGCGCCGGUUUCAGCGAGGACGCUCUUGGACGGUCAGUCCGUAUGGGCGGCACAUGUAUUCCACGUCGAGCCUGCAAGGGCUCCGUAUGGGCUUCCGGUGGUAUAGCCAACUCUAGGGCGGGCGGAACCUGUGAAACAAAUGACGAGGGAGCUCUGCUAGGAACCGGUGCCCGUAAAGGUAGAGGCUGCGGAAGGCGAGUUAUUGGCUGGAUAGCUCGAACCUUAGCUUUCUUGCUCCGAGCAGGCCUGUAGAGCUCAAAAGUUCUGAGCUGUCGCAGAUCGCCGAAUACCCAGAUCAUCAUGCAGACGCCAUGCAAACUGGCGAUAAGGAUGAACAGGCCUAGCCACAAACCCGGAAUUGCCGUCAAACGGAUCCAACGGUUCUCGAUCUGCGUGAAAUUGACCGAGAUGGGAGCUACUGUGCCUAAGAUAAUGAAGAAUAGAGCGCCGGCUAGUCCGCAGAGCGUCCGGCGAUUGCCGACAUUGUAGUACGCGGCCAGUACGAAUCGCUUCAGCGAUCCGUCCAACUUGGUCUCGAUCUCCCGUAGCAAGGACGAGAAGAUAGCAGGGUCUGGAUGCGCAGCAGAAGGGCUCGUGGAAUCUUGGCCAUAUAGGGCCAUGCAUUCUCGGAUGGGUGAAAAUACAUCGCUAGAAAGGUCGAGAAAAUACGGAGAGGGAGGCGAGAAGAAGGUCUCCUUCGCUCGUCCAAAGAAUUCAGCGAGCUCAGGGGAAAGGCGGGCCUGGAUCGGCGUGCGAUAAUGGCUGUACUUUGUUCGGGGAACGUCGCCCGGCGGUGAGUCCAGGUCGGUCGUUGGGCUCGGCGGAGGGUUGUCAGGUCCACGAGAGUCCAAUGAGGAUGAAGACCGCCGGAAGGUGGGAUUGAACGUGAUCAAAGCGGGAGCAUGACCCCGCGUAGAAGAUGCCUUGCAAUCCUGUACCCAUGCGUUAUAUCGGGCGGUGUACUCACGCAACCAGAGUACGAAAUAGAGGUUUUCGGGACAGUGCUCGACGAACAGUAGCCAUUCCUCGAAGUCCUUAAGGCCAAUCGGAGGAAGAUGUUUUCCAGAUAUAAGGUCCUCGAGAGAGAUACGGUAAUGUGGGGUGAUGCCAAAGGAGCGUACUUUGCCUUCAGCUCGCGGAGGAUGGGCAAUGCGGUGAGGGAGGGAUGAGAGAGACAAAAGGGACAACCUGGUAGCCUUGGGCUGGUGUUGAAGGUCGAAUUGUCGCUGGGAGGCGCGGCCACCGGGAGACCAGCCGGUCAUGGACGGA